AGAUUCCUUUGGAUCUUUACUUUCUUUUAUCGAGCGUCUGCCCUUUCUUCACCUUUAACACUUCAAGAGAAGACACAGCACAAUCCAACAACUAUCUUCUCCUUCUUCUUCGCUGAAAUCGCCGAGUCUUGUGAGUCCAGUCCUCUAAUAUGGGUUCUGUGGAGGACCAAACGAUCCUUUUGGAGCAUGGACUCCUUGAAGAGAAUAAAAGCAAUGGGCUGUACACUGGAGAUGGCUCAGUUGACCUUAAAGGCAAUCCCGUCCUUAAGCAGAAAACUGGAAAUUGGAAAGCAUGUCCUUUCAUUUUGGGUACUGAAUGUUGUGAGCGUUUGGCCUAUUAUGGGAUUGCCACUAAUCUUGUUACUUAUCUGACCAACAAGCUGCAUGAAGGAAAUGUGGCUGCUGCAAGAAAUGUUACCACCUGGGCAGGCACUUGCUACAUUGCACCCCUCAUUGGAGCCGUCCUGGCAGAUGCUUAUUGGGGAAGAUAUUGGACAAUAGCUGCUUUCUCCACAAUCUACUUCAUUGGAAUGUGUACACUGACACUCUCAGCAUCAGUUCCUGCAUUGAAGCCAGUUGAAUGUGUGGGUCCUCUGUGCCCUUCUGCAAGUCCAGCACAAUAUGCAGUAUUCUUCUUUGGGCUCUAUUUGAUUGCGCUUGGAACGGGUGGUAUCAAGCCUUGUGUUUCUUCCUUUGGGGCGGACCAGUUUGACGACACAGAUCGUAAGGAAAGGGUGAAGAAGGGAUCUUUCUUUAACUGGUUCUAUUUUUCUAUCAACAUUGGUGCUCUUGUAUCUAGUAGUUUGCUGGUGUACAUUCAAGAUAAUGCUGGGUGGGGUUUGGGAUUUGGGAUUCCCGCAUUAUUUAUGGGCAUUGCCAUUGCAAGCUUCUUCGCAGGCACACCCCUCUAUAGAUUUCAGAAACCAGGUGGCAGUCCUAUUACAAGGAUGUGCCAGGUUUUGGUUGCAUCAUUCCAUAAGUGGAAUCUGGAGGUCCCUAGUGAUAGUAGCCUCUUAUACGAGACACAAGAUGGACAAUCUGCCAUUGAAGGGAGCAGAAAAAUGGAGCACAGCAAUGAACUGAAGUGCCUUGAUAAAGCUGCUGUAAUUUCGGAAACUGAGGCCAAAACUGGGGACUUCUCCAAUCCAUGGAGGCUUUGCACAGUGACACAGGUGGAGGAAUUGAAGAUUUUGGUUCGCAUGUUUCCAAUCUGGGCAACAGGAAUUGUCUUUUCGGCUGUCUACGCUCAAAUGUCUACAAUGUUUGUGGAACAAGGGAUGCUCAUGGAUACAACGAUUGGUUCUUUCACCAUUCCUCCUGCCUCCUUAUCAACAUUCGAUGUUAUCAGUGUUAUCUGCUGGGUCCCAAUAUACGAUGCAGUCAUUGUUCCAAUUGCGAGGAAGUUCACAGGUAAAGAAAGGGGCUUCUCUGAGUUGCAAAGGAUGGGCAUUGGGCUCUUCAUUUCAGUUUUAUCCAUGUCUGCUGCUGCUUUGGUAGAGAUUAGACGCCUACAGCUUGCUAACGAGCUUGGGUUGGUUGACAAGGACGUUGCUGUGCCUCUUAGUAUCUUUUGGCAAAUUCCCCAGUAUAUGUUAGUAGGUGCUGCAGAGGUCUUUACAUUCAUUGGACAGCUUGAGUUUUUCUAUGAACAGUCUCCAGAUGCAAUGCGAAGUUUGUGCAGCGCAUUGUCACUUCUGACAACCUCUUUGGGCAAUUACCUGAGCUCAUUUAUUCUGACUAUGGUAACAUACUUUACAACUGUAGGUGGGAAGCCAGGAUGGAUUCCCGAUAAUCUGAAUGAGGGUCAUCUUGAUUAUUUCUUCUGGCUCUUAGCCGGACUCAGCGUGGUCAAUAUGCUCCUCUACAUUGUCUGUGCUAAGAAAUACAAACAUAAGAAGACCUCCUAAGGUUCUCAUAUAAAGAGCAGAUGUUCUAUUAGCCACUUGCAGAUAUGGUUUUAAUUGCAAAUGGUUUGUACAUAAGUAAAUCUAUGUUCCACAUCUAUAAUGACGCCAUCUCCUUCAGGGUUGGAAGGAUUAUUGUAUCAUAUUUCAUUAUUUGCUUAGGAUGAUAGAUUGGAUUGGAACUGCAAAAUCUCAGUUCUCUCUCAUUGCUAUUUGUGGAAAUUAAUUUACUCACACGGAGAUUGGUAUAAAACGCAAGUGUUUUUAUCUCAUUCUCUUGUAUUGCUACUGGAAUUAAUUUCUCGGAUGAGGAUUAGUGCAAAGUGCAGGCACUCUUUAUAUACAA